CAGGGGUUCAGCGCUAGUCGUCCCAUUGAAUCAUAAUGGGGUCCAAAAGACCUGCGCAGAUAAAUACAACCCCAACCCCAAACCCCCAGUAAGCCAAUCUGCAACCAUAUCCCGCGGCGUUAUCUUCAAGAUGUGGAGCGCAUGUAUCCUCAUCCUUGCCGCGCUGGCAAGCCAGCUGCAACUAGGCCAAGCGAUCGACAUGAUGUACCGCGAUGCAUCCAUCUGUGUCGAUCCCCCGGCCUUCAAGGAGUGCAGACAUCGAGCCUACGAGUCGAGAGGCGACUGCGUCAAGAAAAACUGCUAUGGCGAGAACGACCCUUGCCGAAAAGCUUGUAAUGGGGAUGCCACCUGCAUGCAGGAGAGUUGCACUAAAGACAUGCGGGCCGACUGCUACGACGCAUGUUCGUGUGUCGAGGCGCAGGAUGUGAUCGACUGUACGGCGACGAGCUGCUGGAAUGAGGUAUACUCGUGCGAAUACGGCGAGACGGUCAGCGGGCUCGUGUACUCCUGCCCUGACGCCAACCUGACUCAGAUACCCUUCUGGCCACAGCCUGACAACGCCCCGGGAGGAUGUGCCUGCAACUUGGGGAAAUUGACGAUGAAACAAGUCCAGAUCGCCAAUCAUGUCGAGACGUGCGGGGACAACACGACCCGUCUCAACGAACUGUCUACCGAUGAAGAGAGGACGGACUACUUGCGGGCCUGUCAGUGCUGCACGAUGAGCGCCCUGUUAGCGUCAAUCUGGGACACCUGCCCCAACACUGAACCCUCCCUCAUCACUGCCGACUACUGGAAUCAGACCUUGCUCGGCCCCUUUGACUGGGAUUCCUGUACCCGGUACCUGCAGGAGUACGAUUGCGCCGGAACCCUGGGGUUCGGGGCUGCCGCCGCAGGGGGUACACAGAAUUUCUAUGAACCGGGAAAGCUGCCCAAGAAUGGGACGGGAAUGUUGACGAACACGGGUGUCCUUUCGACCCCUGUUAGUGGGAGUACUUUUACUUGGACGUUUGGGUCGUCGGCGCACCCUAUCACUGCGGCGGCGAGCAGCACAGCUGUUCCCUCUGCUACGAGAACUGGAGAAAGUACGGCGAGUCAAGGGGCGCAGAAGACGGGGGGGAGUGGAGAGUCUACUGCAGCAGUUCGGUCGAGGCCGAGUAUUUUGGUGGCUGGCACUGUUAUUGGGCUCUGUAUUGCUUGGGUUGGGUCUUGAACGUAGAUUAAUAUUAAUCUGUUGUAAUGAUUAUAGGGCACUUGGUUAACUUUAUCGUGUCCACUCGGAGUGGACCGAGGUAUGAUGUGCCUUUCCUAUAUGCAUGCAUGCAGGGUGGAUGUGUACUUUGUACCGUGUAUGUAUGUGUAUUGAUGUGUUGAUUUUAUGCAUGCAUGUAUUCAAUGUGCUGUACUUCCGACAUAUACGCCCAGCCAAUUUGUUCUAGUCGCUCCGUAGG